CGCUUCACACGUCAAUACUCGACCGAAACGAUCACGAUGGCGGAGUUGGGCUGCUACUCUCCCAGCUUUAAAAAACCGUGUGAUGUUCUUCGGAUGAGACGGAACCGGGCGCGGAGCGAAGGGCCUGAACGGAGGACCUCGAGUCCGGUCGCCUCGGUGCCCGGAGUCCGCCCGUUCUCACCGGGGCCGCUGUUAAACGCUCCGGGCCGGUCGCAAGGCGGCGUGAAGCGCAGGAAUCCGUUCGCGAACAUUGAGAACACGUACAACAGUCCUAAGAAACGGGCUUUAUCGCAGACCGACGGCGAAAAGGCGGCAGUUGUUCCGGUUCUGGACGGGAAACUCAAAGAGCGUCCAAACGCGGGAGCUUCACGUAGAGAAGAACUGCUCAAUACAGACCGACGGAAACAACACGAGAUAACGAUCAUUCCCCUCUCUGAAGAUGACUGUGUGUUCGAGGAGGAGAGAUCCACUCCAGUGUUGAAGAGUCCAGAGUCGGUCUGCCCCGCGGCUCCAGCUGAAGUGUGUGUGGAGUUCCCGGCCGACUGGUCCCUGAAGACCCGCGUGUUGUUCACGUCUCCUCAGUCGUUCUCCUGGGCUGAGCAUGUGAAGGCGCAGGAGGAGGCGCAGGGCUUGAGCGCGCACUGCAGGGCCCAGUUCACCAGCGCUCCGGCUCACAUACCAGACCCCCGGGGGUGUGUGGAGCUGCGCUGUGGUUUCCAGCAGUGUCUUCAGUUCUGGCAGCACCCGUCGAUGCCCUGGCUCUCUCUCUUCCCACGGAUUGGUGCAGAGCGCAAGUUCUCUGGCAAGUGUGUGCCGUGGGCGCAGGACUCAGCGCUGCAGCAGAGCCUGAUGAGCGACUGGUCUGUGAGUCUGACGUCUCUCUACAGUCUCCUGAAGGCCCGACUGUGUCCGUAUUUCUACCUGUGCUCGUAUCAGUUCACGGUGUUGUUCCGAGCGGCGGGUCUGAGCGGCUCUAAAGGCAUCACUGCACUACUGUCCCCCACCACUAGAGGCCUGAGAGAGGCCAUGAGGGCUGACGGGAUAGAGUUCUCCCUCCCUCUGCUGGAGGAGCGGAGGAAAAGCAAAGAUCUCGGCGAGAGCGCUCAUCAGACGGACAGCGCUGUAUUGAGUGAGCACAGUGAAAACGAGGAGGAUGAUGAUGAUGAUGACGAUGAUGAUGGGGGAUUUUCUUGGCUAAAGGAGAUGGGCGUCCAAGACAAGAUCAAGAAACCAGAUUCCAUUUCUAUCAAACUUCGUAAGGAGCACCGAGAGGUGUGUUUGGACCACAGACCAGAGUCCGUGGUGUUGGUGGAGGGUUCGAACACCUUCACGCUGAUCAACUUCCUCAUUAACUGUAAGAGUUUGGUGGCAGGAGCCAGUUCUCAGGCGGGUCUUCCUCCAACACUCCUGGCCCCGACAGCCUUCAGAGGGGCCACACUGCACACACUCAAGGCGCGCGCUGUGAAUGUGAAGACUCUGGUGAGGACGGGCUAUCAGGACGUGUGCAGUCUGGAGGUGACGGGUCCCAUCAUGCCUCACACACUCCACGCGCUGACGCAGCUCCUGAGACCGGCUCAGAGAGGAGAGUUUUCUGUGGGUCUCUACACACACGAACCCACGGCCGUCCUCAACGUUCCCAUCAGCCAGAGCUCGGAGCCGGAGACACAACCGGAGUGUGUUGUACAGGAUCUGGGCGUGUGUGGGCUCCAGCAGAGCUCAGUUCAGCAGCUGGCAGCGCCGAGCAUUCUGGGAAAGUGUGCGCUCAGACAGUUGCACAUGAGAGACUACUCGUACAGCUGGAAGACCUGAGCGUGAGUCUCCACUGACAGGCCUAUUAAUAUCUCUCGCCAUCUCAGGCGUCAUGUGACUCCACUCACUCCAUCAGAGACAUGUGCUUCUAUAUAGUGGCGCUUUUAGUGUGCCAUGCAUGUAAAC